ACGCAAUGUUUUGUUGACUUUAUGAGUGAUUAAGUUGUAUUCACUAUUGUUUGGUUGUUUUUACAAGAAUAAUUGUUAUAAUAACAGUUGCGCGUUAAAAAUAACAUUAUUAUGAUUGUCCGUUACCAAGUUUAUGUUGUUAUCACCUAAUUAUGUGGAAAACCCAUCGUACAGAUCCCUAAACCGGCUAUCAUACGCUGUGUAGGUACUGGUUUUUUUGUACAUUUGACAUUGUGUAUGAUCCGUGUUCAGUGUUCACACACCGUGUUCUGUUAUUACAUUUUAUUUAUUUAUUACCAUACUGUCGAUAUUUGAGUACCUACCUACAUCAUUAUGGCUGAUUCUGACGUCGUCGACAUGCUCCAUGCUUGGGGAUUAUCAAGCUACAUUGAUGUUUUCAAAGAUCAUGGAAUAGAUAUAUCUUGCUUUAGUAUGCUCGACAAUAAUAUGAUUAAAGAAAUAGUUCCAAAAAUUGGCGAUAGAGCAAAGUUAAUAUCAAAUCUUAAUGAUUGGCGAAAAAUAUUGGAUAUGACAAAUAACAAAGUACAUUUUUUGGAUAUUUCAAAUGAUUACCCUCAAGAACUAAGUAUAAGUAUUCCACCUCCAUUAACUACUCCUGAACCCGAAGAAAAUUUUUUAACUCCAAACACUGAUACUGAAUCUGUCGUUUUGGGUAGUGAAACAUCAACACAUUCUUCUAUAGAUAGUAAAACUGAUGAGGGUGUUCCACUAUUGGAUUAUUUGAAAAAAAAAUAGUGAAGGUCGUGCAAUUUUGGCAUCUAAUAAAACAACCCUAGAUAAUGCUUCUAGAAGAAAGCUGUGUAAUAUAAUUGUAAGAAGGGAACUACAAGA